AUGCCGAGUCUAGAUCUCGCUCGCAAACCCCAUCAGCAGAGACCCCUANGUGCCUCGGUCGCUCCUUGGGCCAAGGAGCCCGCUGAAUCCUCUAGAGGACCCUCUCUUAAGGAGAUCCAAGAAGCCGAGGCCAAGGUGGCCGCUGAAGCCGAAGCACUUGCUGUCGAAGCUCGCCGCGUUGCCUUCGAGAGAGAGCUCGCUCAAGUCCAGCUGUCCACUGCACCUGCACCCGGUCUGCCCUUGACUUCAAACUGGGCAAGCAGCAACACUGCCUCGCCCGCCACUGGCACUGCUCCCUCGCCAUGGGCCAAGGCUGCAAAGACAGUCGCCGCGCCUACCACUACAAAGAGCAUGGCACAGAUCCAGAAGGAGGAAGAAGCUCGCAAGAAGCGUCUUGCGGCUGCUGCAGCCAUCCAGGCCGCCGCAGCUGUCGGCAUUGCUCCUGUCCAGCAGUCUGCCGCUGGCAAGAGAUAUGCCGAUCUUGCCAGCAAGGUGGCAUCGUCUCCUGCCCCUGCUAGCCCUGUUCCUGGCAUCGGCGGUGCUUGGACCACUGUUGGUGCAAGUGGAAAGGUCAAGACCCCUCUGCCUACCCCCACUCCUGUCGCCAACAGAGUGGCUAGCUCAACUGUGCUUCCUACCGUAGCAGCCGUCAAGAAGACCGUCCCCGCCAGAGCGACCGCAGGACCUUCUGCCGUCAACGCCAUUGACGAGUUCAAGAAGUGGGCCGUCAACGAAUUGAAGCACGAUCUCAACAAGAGCGUGACUGGUAAGUCAUAA